CGCUUGUCCCUUCUUCCACUUUCCUUCAUCCCUUUCCACUCAUUUCUAAUUGCUAACGUGCAAUGAAAGUAACUGUUUUUACCGCCUUUGUUUGGGCAUUGGUAGCUACAGCGUCUGUGCAAUGUAAACUGGCUACCUACACUGUGCUUUCCCCCAGCCCAACUGUUUCGGUCAUUGUUAAGAGCAAGACUUACACCCUAAAAUCGUCCACUGCUACUCCUCUCGUUCAUGUUGGGACAGCACCAGGUGGCUCAUCCUACCGCUACGUAAUCAAAGGAAAAAAGGAGAGGGCUACUCGCAAUGCAAUCCCCGCUGGCAGUGCUACUCAACCUGAAUUUUUUGAUCGCCCUAAUCAAGUUUCUGUUCCCAAGUUACCAAAGUUGUAUACCAACAAGUAUUCCGACAAGGUCUAUACCAGCGCUCACCUCGAGAAUGAGAUUGGCUCCAUUCACUUUUCAGCUCCUGCCUCUGAGGUGAAGAAAUUGUACGCAAGCAAAGAAUCCAAGGCUAAGGUGACUUCAACCAUGACUUUCAUCAAUUCCAAAGGUAUCCAGACAUUUACCAAUUCUACCAUUGCCAUUGGUGGCGAGUCCACCAGAGACUGGGCCAAAAAAGCAUACAAAUUUUCGCUAAGCAAGGACACUGACGGGUUGUAUGGACUACGCAAAUUCAAGCUUAGAGCUGAGGCGUCUGAACCUACCAUGAUCAGAGAGAAAUUGUAUUACGACAUGCUUGACGCACUUGGCCUUCCUUCUCCUUCAACCUUCUAUGUCCGUCUUUUCAUCAAUAACGAUCAAAUUGGUCUGUUUUUGCUGGUCGAUGAGAUCUCCAAUCCUUGGCUCAAAUCAGAUUUCAACGGCGGUAAAAAAUAUGACAACGGUAUCCUGUACAAGAUGGAUGGCGGCGGCGACACCGUUGGUGCCAACCUUGCUUAUGUCGGAAGCUCAGAGAGCAAGUACACAGAUUUCUAUUCUGUCGAAGAAGAGUCUGGUUCUGGCGAAAAGUCAUUGAAGCGCCUUAUUGAUUUUACAAAGUGGAUUAAAGAAAAGGGCAACACCGCUUCUACCGCUGAAUGGGACGCUCAAAUUGAUACUGAUGGAUUCCUCAAACACAUGGCUUUGGAGUUUCUCAAUGCCGCAUGGGACAACUAUUGGGUUUCUGCUAGUAACUAUUAUCUCUACCAUGAUCCAAAGAAGAACCAGCUUCAAUGGCUCAGCUAUGAUUUGGACUAUACUAUCGGUAACGGCAUUGAAAAGUUCCAAAAGCAUAUGCUGACGGACACCUACAGUAAAUAUGCCGCCGACCAGCCUGCUCGCCCACUUAUUGAUACUCUGCUCAAAUCCAGCACUUUCAAAAAGAAUUUCGAAAAGAUCCUCAAGAAUGUGCUUGAAAACUUAUACAAACCUGAUAUCCUCAACAAACGCAUUGAUGGUUUGGUCAACCUGAUCCAAGACGAUGUUGCGUGGGAUCGUUCUCUCAAACGCGUCACCAAAGGCGAUGAUUGGGAAUGGGACUUGAGCGAUUUUAAGUCAAGCAUCACCAAGGGUUUUGGUGAAGAUGGGCAGUGGUAUGGAUUGAAGGAAUGGAUCAGCAAAAAGUACGCUGCUGUCCACAAGCAAUUGUAAUAUGAGUAACAUGAAAUGUUGAUCAUUUUUCUUUUUUGUUCAAAGAGUGUUAUAUUAUGCAAAGUUGGUGAUAAGCUAAUUGCCUA